UAUGUGUGUGUGUGUGUGUGUAUAGAACCGACCUUGAAAUGAUGGGUUCUCUUCUGGAUUGUGGUUGUGGUUGUUGUUGUUGCUGAACUCACUGUAACUGCUCGUUCAGGGAGCCUCGGUGAGUGCUCUGAUCAUCACAGAGAGCGUUCCCUGGCGUGCCUUGGUGACCGUUUGGUCACGGGUUCAAAUUCGGAAACAACUUCUUUGCAUAUUCAAGGAAAUCAGGAGUUGUUCAAUGGCAAAAGAUUCUGCCGAUGCUGAUUCCCAUCACAGGCGUCUUGGUCUUUUGAAAGAUCAAGUUCACUUGGUUAAAAGGAAAGGCUCUGAUCGCUAUGAGAUUGCUCCAAUCCAAGACCAACUAUCAUUUGAGAAGGGGUUUUUCAUAGUGAUCCGUGCAUGCCAAUUGUUAUCCCAAAAGAAUGAUGGAAUAAUAUUGGUAGGGGUGGCAGGUCCUUCAGGGGCUGGGAAGACUAUAUUUACUGAAAAGAUACUCAACUUCAUGCCCAGCAUUGCAAUCAUUUCAAUGGAUAAUUACAAUGAUGCUAGUCGAAUUGUUGAUGGGAAUUUUGAUGAUCCACGCUUAACAGACUAUGACACAUUACUCCAGAAUCUGCACAAUUUAAAGGAAGGAAAGCCAGUUCAAGUUCCCAUAUAUGAUUUCAAGUCCAGUUCACGUACAGGAUACAGGACAGUCGAAGCCCCGAGUUCUCGAAUUGUGAUUAUAGAGGGCAUCUAUGCCUUGAGUGAGAAGUUGCGACCCCUGAUGGACCUUCGAGUCUCUGUUACAGGAGGAGUUCACCUUGACCUUGUAAAACGAGUUAUACGUGAUAUACAACGUGCUGGUCAAGAACCUGAAGAAAUUAUUCAUCAAAUAUCAGAGACGGUGUAUCCAAUGUACAAGGCAUUUAUCGAGCCAGAUCUCCAGACAGCACAUAUAAAAAUCAUCAACAAAUUCAAUCCAUUUACUGGAUUCCAGAGUCCUACUUAUAUAUUAAAGUCAGGAAGGAAUGUAGAAGUUGAUAAAAUUAAAGCUGUUCUCGCUGAGGAUUUUAAGGAAACAACAGAACAAACUUAUGACAUAUAUCUUCUACCACCCGGUGAAGAUCCAGAAACUUGUCAAUCAUAUUUACGGAUGCGAAAUAAGGAUGGGAAAUACAGUCUCAUGUUUGAGGAAUGGGUGACAGAUAAUCCAUUUGUCAUAUCACCAAGAAUUACUUUUGAGGUCAGUGUGCGCCUUCUUGGUGGACUAAUGGCUUUGGGAUACACAAUAGCCACUAUCCUUAAGAGAAACAGCCAUGUCUUUUCUGAUGAUAGGGUUUGUGUAAAACUAGAUUGGCUUGAGCAACUUAAUAGACAUUAUGUUCAGGUACAAGGCAGAGAUCGUUUAGUUCUAAAAUACAUAGGAGAACAGCUGGGUAUAGAAGGUUCCUACAUUCCUCGUACCUACAUUGAGCAAAUUCAAAUUGAAAAGCUUGUGAAUGAGGUUAUGGCUCUACCAGAUGAUUUGAAGACAAGGCUCAGCCUAGAUGAGGAUUUGGUGUCAAGCCCGAAAGAAGCACUAUCUAGAGCUUCUGCCGGCAGAGUUGCCAUGAGGAAUAAACAUCUGAGGAGUGGAAUAUCACAGUCGUAUACCAAUCAGAGGGACAAAAAUCUAGCUAAGGUUACUGGAUAUGGUGCCAACAAUAGAAGGUUUGGUGAAAGCAAUUCAGAUUCCACCGCAAUGCCAGUAAAUCAGGGAACCAUCAAUCAGCUUUCAGACCAAAUUUCUGCCCUCAAUGAUAGAAUGGACGAGUUUACAAAUCGCAUUGAAGAGCUGAAUUCCAAGUUAACCAUCAAGAAAAAUUCUCCAAGCCAACAAAACAUGUCACUUCAAGCUGAGACAUGCAAUGGUUCUGCUCCCACCUCUUACUUCAUCACUAGUUUGGGCAGUGGUUCCCUUACUGGAUCUAAAAUGACAAAUUCCUCUUCGUCCUCGCAGUUAGCUAAAGAUUCUCCUUUGAUGGAUGAGAUAUCAAGCAUCGCACGCAGUCAGCGUCAGGUCAUGCAUCAAUUGGACAAUCUCAAUAAUCUUCUCAGGGGGAGCUUGGGGGAGAAGUCUCGCCCAACAAGAACCAACAGCGGGAAAAGCAUCACCAUGUCAUCGGAUUCCAUGGGAGCUUGUGUUAUGGCGGUGGUCACAGUUGGUUGUUUGGGGAUCUUCUUGAUGAAGGGUUUUUUGAACAAAAAGUGAUUCAUUCCUCUAGGUAUAGUCAGCUUUUUAGGUUCAAAAAUAUUUUUCUUCACUGUGACAACCCUUCUGUUAAGAAAGGUGUUGAGACAUUGCCAGUUGAAGAUAGAUUCAGGAGACAGUCAUUUUAGGAUCAUUUGAGGGUCAGUGAGAGGAUGGUGCUCACUUGAAAUUUUGUCACUUCGCGGACUUAUUACUUUGUUAUCACAAUUUUAUGCCAUUUUCAACACAACAAAACAACAGAAGUAGAGUCUUUGGUUUAGAAUCUUGAUCAGGUGGUAUACCAUAUACCUUUCUUUCAACUUUUUUAAUCUUUAAAUAAGUUGGUAAUGGUGAGGAGGUCAAUUCAGCAACAUCUAUGACAUAAUUGAGGUAGAAAAUGCGGCAAAUACAAGACGAUGUACCGAGGUGUUACAUGCAAAUUGUUACAAAUGAAACAAAUCAUGCUGUUACCAAGUGAUGGUGCC